GUAUACUUCACGAAAAAGUAUACCGGUCAAACUACGUUGUCAUCCUAUUUAUUCCCAGACUUCGAUGAAUUCAUCCCUCGGAGAUUACCCGGUGUAUUUCUAGGGUUGGAAAGUGUCAACAGAAGAGAAUCUAAGAGGGCUUGGCAUGUAGCGACCCAUGUCAGUAGAGGACAACUGGAGAUGCCGAAGAAUCCAUCCAAGGCACUACUCGACAAAGGGAAUAAGGUGCAGGCCACCAAUGAGGGUACCAGCAUCCCUGUAGUUGCUACCUUACCGGUCAUUUCAGCCCCGGUGUUGCCUUUGGGCCUGAGCUCUGUCCCAACGGCUAGCGUGAUCAGUCCCUUCGCGACCCCCGUCCCUUUCGCUGGACCGAGGGUCACGUUCCCACCAAGCAUGACUCAGUUCAUGAAUGACCCAGCCAACCUACAAGCCAUCCAGGGCUUUGGCCAGGUCAUGGCCAUGUGCCAACAGAAUGGGGGGAUGCCUUUUCUCCCUGGUAUGUUCCCGUUCGCUCUUCCAUGCGCGGGAACCAUGCCCCUACAAGCUCCAAUGGUAGUGACGCCAUUCCAGACACCGAUGCCGCAGCCAUCACCUUUCCAGCCCCAGCUGGUCAGCACCAUGGCCCCUGUCAACUUGACUGGCGCACUUAACGCUGCAGGGCCGUCGCGUCCCCCGCAAGGUACGAAUCCACAAGUCACCCCUGAUGGUCAUUGCGUCUCAAUUGAGAGUGAUGACGGCGAGUGGGACAUUCCGAGGGCCCACAAGAAGAAGAAAGGAAAAAACAUCCGGCCAGCGACCUCCCGAAACUCCGCCUUCGAAAGGCUAGGGGAUAGGGAGGAAGGGCAGAGGAAGUCAGCCAAGCAAAGGCUGGGGCAGAGCGUCGCCCAUGUCAGCGCGUUCGCCCGGUUAGGCGAGGAGCCAUCGAGGACGAGGGCCUCACGUCAGGAAGAGGAAGUAGAGAGCCAGCCCAGGUUACCGGUGGCGAACCGGUUAACCGUCCCAAAUGACCGCGUCCAGCAGAUGGAGGCAAAACUGGAGAGGCUGGAAAAGAAAGUCGGGGAGAAGAAUGACUGGGACAAACCCUUGGCGGGGUCCCCGUUCACCAUGAGGGUCCAUCUAACACCUUUCCCGCGAAAGGUCAAGAUCGACGCCCCUAGAUUCACCGGGAAGGAAGAUCCGGAAAUCCACCUUGACUCCUUCAACCAGAGUGCGACCAUGAACGGUUGCACCGAUGAAGAAAAGUGCCUUCUUUUCUUCCAGACCUUGCGGAAUCGAGCCACUGAAUGGUUCAAUAAGCUUCGCCCGGGAAGCGUUGAUUCGUUCAGUGAUUUGGCCUCAAAGUUCAAGGCCAAGUUCCAGGAGAAUUGUACUAAGAGGAAGAAAUUCACCUAUCUUAGUACAGCCGGGCAGAGGGAGUCUGAGAACCUUACUCAGUUCCUUACCCGGUGGAAGGAAGAGGUAGACAAGGAGUUUGCUGAGGCUGAAACCCAACUCCGGGCAAAGAAAGAAGCUGAGCAUGGUUACAAGCCCAAGCCGGUGCAAGUCAAGAAGGAAGAAGCACCGGGACCUAGCCGGCCAAGACACCACUAUGAACCGGUCGUCCGUAUGGUCAAUACGGAAGAAUGCCAAGAAAUCCGAAAAGCACCGGUCAUUCCUCCAGAAAAUGCUACCGGUCAAACAGGGCGGCAGUGGUCGGGCACCUAUUGUUCGUACCACAGGUCGGAUUCCCAUAACACCUCCGAAUGCAAAAGUGUUAAGGGGGUCAUCUGGCAGAUGAUAGACAGUGGAGAGCUCGGCAAGGAUUACUUGCAGAAAGCCCAGGAGAAGAGUCAUCAAUGGGUUAGGCCAACUGCCCUAGGAGAUGACCGGGACAGCGACCGGCGGAGGAAUAACCGGCCAAGGGAGCGGCAACCUGCUCCCGAGAAAGAGCACAUUCGCAUGAUCUUCGGCGGACCUGAGGGUGGAGAUUCGGCCGCGCACCGAAAGAACUGGGUCCGGAGCAUUUACGUUGGCGGUGUGGGUGAAAUGAAAGGUGACCAAAGGAAUGCCCGGGAAUGCUAUGCCCAGGCAGUCAAGAAGAUGACUAAGGGGGUCAAUGUCAUCUCCCAAGAGAUCACAAAGGGAGAGACCCGGGAGAAAUUGGAGCCCGAGGUCGAGACGGUGGAAAUCGAACUUCACCCAGGUGAUUCUUCGAGGAUGGUCAGAAUUGGAGCAAAUCUCCCCGAAGAUCUCAAGGCAGAGAUUACACGGGUCCUCCAAGAAUACGCGGGCAUAUUCGCAUGGAGCGUGGCGGAUAUGCCCGGAAUAGAUCGCUCUAUUAUCUGCCACCGGUUGGCCGUGAGGGAAGGAAGUCGACCGGUACGUCAGAAGAAGCGGUACCUGGCCAGUGACCGGCGAGACUUCGUCAAGAAGGAAGUGAAGGACCUCCUCAGUGUUGACCUACCGGUCAACAAGCCCACUGAGCAAUGGUGGGAGAUGGCAGUUGAUGGGGCGUCCGGUCCUAGAGGAUACGGGGGUGGUAUCGUGUUCACCACCCCAGAAGGGUUCAAGAUCUACCAUGCAAUCGUCUUCAACUUCAAGCUGACGAACAAUGAGGCAGAGUAUGAAGCUCUGGCUGGAGGGCUCAAACUUGCCCAAGCCCUGAAAAUCAGCCGGGUCAGUAUCAAAUCUAACUCUAGCCUGAUUGUUGGGCAAGUGACCGGUAGCAUGGAAGCAAGGGAAGGACGCAUGGCACAAUACAAGGAGCUCGUGCUCGCCUUGUUGAAAGGCUUCGAGGAAUUCAAGAUCGCCCAAAUUCCCCGGGCGGAAAAUGCGGAUGCAGACCUUCUCUCCAAAUUGACGCAGUAUGCUCCCGAGCAUGUUUCAAAACUUGCCCGGGUAGAGAUUCUUGACCGUGCAAGCAUCGAAAAAUUGGAAGUCGCCGCCAUAACAGCAGCAAGUCAAUUUGACCGGUCAAACCUGGUUGGGGCGGACGACCAUUGGAUGUAUGAUCUGAUGGAAUAUUUGAUGGAUGGGAGCUUGCUAGAACAAGAUGACCGGGCAAGAAAAGUGAAGCUCAGGGCACCCCGAUUCCAGGUUCUUGAUGGAAAGCUGUAUAAAAGGGCAUUUGGGGGGCCACUCUUGAGAUGUCUAACUAACCGGGAGGCCGAGCGAGUCAUAGCGGAGGUCCACGAAGGCGUAUGCGCGGCGCACCAAAUGUCCCCAAGGCUGCCCAUCGAAGCUGAAUUCCCAACGCUCCGGGAAUCAAAUUAUCAACCCCAACAAAAUGAAAAAGACCACUUGGCCGAGCUCAACUUGGUCGAAGAACGAAGAAUGGCCGCGGAGGUUAAAAUGAGUACAUACCAACAAGUUGUGAAGAAGUACCAUGACAACAAGGUUGGGCCGCGGUACUUCCAAGUUGGAGAUGAAGUCCUACGAAGAAGAGAAGCAAGUAGACCCGGCGAUGGAGGAAAGCUGGCAAAAAUUUGGGAAGGCCCAUACAGGGUUAAGCCAUCAUUCGACCAGGAACAUACCGGUUAGAAACUUUAGAUGGUGUACCGAUAGAAAGAACUUGGAAUUCCCACCAUCUUCGCAAGUUCUACAAAUGAUUGUAAUACUAGGCGAGGCCUAACUACAUUAUCAAUCAAAGUGGUGUUCAAUA